AAGAUGUCUGGUCCUCUAGUCCUGGUUUUCACGCUUCUGCUCUCGUGUGCAGCUUCUGUGUCCGCUAAUGAUAAAUGUACUCCACAAAAUGGGCAGUGUGUCUCUGAUAGCAGUGAUUGCAAUUUUCCCACCCAACCAGUAAAACACCUUUGUCCCGACGAAAAGUUUUGUUGCUUAAAAGAUUCCGAUGUGGGAUGUACGAAGCAGGGUGGAAUCUGUCAGCAGACGACAGAGAAGUGCGGCCGGUCCUACGUCAGAUUCCUCUGUGGAGGUGACAAUGAUAGAAGAUGUUGUUUACCAAAUGCCGAUGCUCCUUGUACGGAAAAAGGCGGGAAAUGUAUGUCAGCAGACAAGAAGUGUACAGGAAAGAAAGUAGGCGGAUUGUGUGGGGAUGAAGACAGAAAAUGCUGUAUACAUUGCCUAGGUAAGUCCAGGCGUAGGGGCUCCACAUGCGGUCACGACAGAUGCUGCAAAAUACCGGGCUUUUAUCACAUACCAUAGUGGUGAAUUUCU